UUUCACUUUCACUUUUUUCUCGACAGUCAGAUACUGAUAGUGAGAUAGACCUGGACGUAUGGAAAGACAGAGCCACUGCAACAAGCUAAAUCAUGACGAGGACGAAUUGUAGUUUGACAAUUUUAUUAUGAAUUUAACAUGGUAGUUUAGUGUAAUACUUGGAUGAUACCUUUAUUUCAACAAAAUUUAAUGUUGAACAAUUCAAGGUUUGAUGGUAAGCCUUCUGGACCAUGCGUUCAACCAAAUUAUUUGGACUGACUGGAGUAAAACUUUUUGUGUGCUGUUCAUCGGCGAUCGAAUUAUGAUACAUGAAAUGUAAUCGAUACAAUAGAUUUUCCAGUUUUUUCUCCGUGUCUUUGUCUGAACUGUUAUAACAUUUUAAAGUGAAAGGAUGGAGGGACGUGAUCUUUUAGCUGGAGCAGCAAGAGCCGCUAUUUAUAACAUGGCUCUACAGUUUUGCAUAAGGAUCAUGACAUUUGUACUAAAUGGGGUGGUACUUCGAUACAUCUCUAAGGAAAUGCUAGGAGUGGUCAAUGUCAGACUGACACUGCUGUAUACCACUACCCUGUUCCUAGCAACAGAGUCAUUUGACCAGGCCUGUCUCAGCAAAAUAGAAGAUAAAGACUGGCGACAGGUUGUUAACCAGAUGUGGCUAACUUUUCCCAUGAGUAUUUUGGUGUGCCUGGUGUUUGGAUGUGUUUGGAUGUUUGUCUUGGAGAGCCCAGAUUCAGAAAGCAUUCCUUACUAUGGUACCGGUGUUGUAUGCUUUUGUUUGACGACCAUUAUCACUACGUUAGCCAGACCACACUUUAUCAUAGGACAAUGCCACCUCUUCAACAGACUCCGGGUGCUCUCUGUGGCUCUGUCAGAGUUGGUGAGAUGUCUUAUUGCUGCAUUCCUAGUCAUUUACUUCCCACACUGGGGUCUUAUAAGCUUUUCUAUUGCUCAGGUGACGAGUGCCAUUACUUAUUCAGUCAUUUAUUAUGCUGUAUAUUAUCUAAUGAUUAAGGCAGAGGACACAGGAGAAUCCUUUGUGUUUCAGUCUGUUAGGGACUUCUUCCCUAAGAUUUUACCCAAUAAAUCCUUUGUUGAUUGGCGGUUAGUUUCAUUAACAAGAAGUUUCUUUAAGCAGUCCAUCUUCAAACAGAUAUUGACAGAAGGUGAAAAAUACAUAAUGACCGUGUUUGGGGUCCUAAGCUUUGGAGACCAAGGAGUGUAUGACAUCAUUAACAAUUUGGGUUCCAUGGCUCCACGAUUUAUUUUUCUUCCAAUAGAAGAGAGCAGUCGUCUCUUUUUUUCCUGUUCAUUUGCCCGAGGCGAAAAUCUUCGACAACAAAGCAAAGACUCGGCAGACUUAGUGACCAGCGUCCUAGAGCACCUGUUGAAGACAGUGACUCUGAUUGGCUCUGUCAUCCUGGUGUUUGGCCAAUCUUAUGCUUUCUUGGCCUUAGAUCUGUAUGGAGGCUCAUUGCUCUCUGCAGGGACUGGUCCCCUGUUACUAAGGUGGUACUGUCUCUAUGUAUUGGUGCUAGCAGUUAAUGGUAUAACCGAAUGCUUCUAUUUUGCUGUCAUGAGUAAGAAAGAGAUUGACAGUUAUAACCAUAAGAUGUUACUGUUCUCCAUUAUUCUACUGGUGUCUUCUCUAUUCCUGACUCGUCUGGUGGGAAGUGUGGGAUUCGUACUGGCAAACUGCAUCAACAUGGCCUGUCGGAUACUUCAAAGUGUUUAUUUCAUUCAUAACUACUACAAGGAUAGUGGAUAUAAACCUCUGCAGGGCUUUAUCCCCUCCUAUCCAGUCCUGGGAACACUGGUCGCUGCCUAUUGUAUUACAGCAUUGUCAGAGAGUUAUUUCUGUUGUGGCUAUGGCAACCUGUUCCGACUCCUUCAUAUUAUCAUUGGAGGACUCUGUUUAUUGUGUGUUCUGGUUACUAUAGCAAUCAGUGAAAAACAACUCGUACAGUUCGUGACAACUCAACUCUGGGGACGCAAAAUUGGGAAGACUGACCGCUGAUGUUCUGUACAGACGGUUAUAAAAAUUAGGACAUCUUUAACGACUUCCCCAGGAUAUAUAUCCAUUAUUUUAUAAAAUACGAAUGGGGAUAAUUACUAAAUCAAUAAAGGAA